AUGACAGCGCCGGAAGCUAUGGCCGUCCCUGGACGCCAUGCCCGCGAGCUCGCUGCCUUGCGCGCCGAGUACGAAGAACACCUCGCGAGCCUCCGCACCGACUGCCAGAUGCAGUUGGCGGCGAUGGCCACGACCUUGCGUGCCGAGCACCAAGCCAACAUCGCUGCUGUGACGACCACACUGCAGCAAGAGCACCAAGAAGCCUUGGCAACUACAGCAGCCGCGCUUUGCGAAGAGCACUCGACCAAAGAGACGGCUCUGACCUCGCAGCUUGCGAUGCUGGCUGCUGAGCGCGACGUCAGCCUCGAGCGCGCUCGCGUGCUCGACACUCGAUCGGAGGGCCUGCGCCGCGAUCUCCACACGCUCGCAAAGCUCAACCACCGUCUCCAGACCACGAUUGCCACGACGGCCACGUCACAAAAGUCCAUUGCUGCAGCAACCGAUGUCAUCGCCACGAAGUUGGCGGGGGCCAGCAAGGAUGACCUCGUCGCUUCGCUCCAAGCAAAGCUCGAGCUCACAUCCAGCGACCUUGCGGCGUCCAAGGCGACCGAGGGCGACAACACGGCCCUCCUUCGCGAAGCCACGAGCCGCAUCAUGAGCAUGGGCGAUUGCCUCCAUACGCUUCAUGCCGACGUGGACGGGCAUGCACAACGGGCGCUCCGUGACUUGUCAGCGAUGGACGACGCCUUGGUCUCGCAUCCACAUCGCAUCGAUCAACUUGUGGGUCAGCUUGCUGUGGCCAAAUUCGCCGCCUGCAGCGCCCAGCUCGUUCAUGAAGCGACGAUUCAGAGCAAAGACGAGACCAUUUGCCGCCUCAACAUCGACCUUGUCGACUGCGUCGAGCAAACCAAGAUGCACAAAGGGAUCGUGGACCAGCUCCAGCGCGACAUGGUCACGAAGGACGAGCUCCUGACAACGCGCGACGACCAAGUUCGCCAUCUCCUAUUGCAGCUUGACGAUGUCAAAGCCCAGCUGUCGGCUACAACAACGGCCAAUCCCGACCCACGCACCGGUCAAGUUGUAUCCAUACCAGCCACAGAAAAGCUCACUCGAGCACUUCAACUCGCUCGAAACAAGAUCCAAGCCACAGUCACCGAGUGCCGGGAAACCCUGGCGAUCAAAGAAACGUCGCUCGGUCGCCACGAAGACACGUACGAUGUGCGCCACCACCACCCGCGUAUUUCGGUCCAUCGAGUCAACACGGUAGCGCCACGGCGAUGCUAG